AUGUCUCAGGAUAAAUGUCAACCAACGACGUUGGACAAGAAAAGAUUGAAACCGUUUUGUAAUUGGAGAACUUUUGCCAUAUUACUUCUUCUUUCUCUUGCCUUCACCUGUUUCACUAUACUUUUGUUAUUGUUAGGAAGUGAUAAUUCUCGAUAUGUAUGUGAGCAGUCGACCAAAUCGGUGUAUUCAUCAACUUCAACAGGCCUGUUCCAUUCGGGUACAUGGCGUGAUGUGCACAUUAAAGCAACUAUUUUAAAACCAUUACCUGAAAGUUUUGAACUAGGACAACAAAUUGAGGCCGAUCUACCUCCGGGAAUUAUUGUUUAUUCAUAUUUCUCAGUGCAAAAAAAUAGUCGAAUAAUUUUCAAUAUAUCCGUCGAUCCACAAGCACAGUUGGUCAUUUACGGUAGACGAACAGCAUUACCAUCACCGGCUACCCAUGAUUUCAUGGAUAUUGUCCAUGCGGAUUGGUUAACCGUUUCCGGAAAUUCAUCAAGCAUCCGAUUGAAGCGUUUUACACCGCUGCUUCGGACAGCGAUCCUGACACACUAUUUGCUAGGUGGACGAUGGCAUAUCGGAUUACUUAAUGAUGUCUUACAGCCAUUCCCAAUACGUCUUGUUGCUGCGGUGGUUCCUGACCAAGUAGUGGACGAAAGGACCGUUGAUUGCCGUUAUGACUGUACAGGACACGGGCAAUGCAAGGAUGGUAGAUGUUAUUGUUUUCCCGGAUACAGUGGAACUUACUGCGAAGAAAGUUCAUGUCCAAUAUUGUGCAGUGGAAAUGGAAUAUUUUCUGGUGGUCAGUGUAUAUGCCAUGAGGGUUACAAAGGCCCUGAUUGCGAUUUAUUGGCGCAUUGGUGCGAAGUACCAAACUGCAAUGGACAUGGCCAGUGUAACCAGUUUGGUGACUGUGAAUGUGACAUUGGCUGGAAGGGUGAUUUUUGUGACAAGAAAGAUUGCAAAGAUCCCCAGUGUAGCAAUCACGGUGUUUGUCACGAUGGGAAAUGUUACUGCGAGGAUGGAUAUCGUGGGGAAAAAUGUGACGAAAUAUAUCCGGCGGAGACUUGUCUCGGUAAAGAACUUCGCUUACGUGACAGAGAACCAGAAUUAGACGCGGACCCCGGUUGCACCAAUCGUGGGAGAAUUGAUUCAGAAACAGGACUAUGCAUCUGUAUUCCUGGUUAUCAUGGAAAGAAAUGUGAAUUAGUGAGAUGCGAAGUGGAGUGCAUGAACGGUGGAUGUGGUAAUGGCGUAUGCAUUUGUGAUGAAGGAUGGACAGGUAUGGAUUGCACGGAGCGGAAAUGUCUUCCUGGAUGUGAACAACACGGACACUGCAACAAUGGUACUUGCAUGUGUAAUAAGGGUUGGAAUGGAGUAAAUUGUUACAUUGCUGGCUGUGUCAAUGAUUGCAAUGGAAAUGGUGUUUGUCGGUUGUUUUCCGGACAGUGGAAAUGUGCAUGCCAUACAUCAUAUUUUGGUGACAAUUGUUCUCUACCAUUGGAGUCAAGUUGUGAUGAUGGUGUUGAUAAUGAUAACGACGGUUUAAUAGAUUGUGAAGAUUCGGAGUGCUGUACGGAUAGUAGCUGUUUAUCGAGUCAGAUGUGCACUACUGUAAUACAACCACGUGAUGUGCUUUUAAAGGUGAUACCGCCUGUGAAUGGUAAUUUCUAUCAGCAAAUUAAAUUUUUGGUUCAGCGCGACUCGGUGCAGCGCUAUGCAGAUGAACGCCAUUUCAAUGAAAGUUUUGUAUCAGUCAUCCGUGGACGAGUUUUGGCUGAAGAUGGUUCACCGCUUACAGGCGUACGUAUUGCGGAGGCAAGGCAUCCAACGUUGACGGGUUUCACGCUGAGUCGUAGCGAGGAUAACGGAGGUGCCUUUGAUCUGGUGGUUAAUGGUGGCAAGACGAUAACUUUGCAGUUUAUGAGGAAGCCGUUUGAAAAGCUCGAAAAGAGUUUUUACAUACCGUGGAAUGAAAUUGUUUAUGUGGGUGAUAUAAAAAUGCGACUGGGACUGGCGGCGGUGGCUGUAAGUGAAAGACUGGAAAUCAGUGAAAAGUGCCGACAGUAUUAUGCUACCAAUCGCCUAGCUCCUGCUAUAUUUGCAUCCUGGCGUGCAAGUCAAUAUUCCGGAAAACUUACCGCGUCAGCACAUAGUGUUCAGCUACUAGCCGACUCGGGAAAAUCGUUUGAUUCCAUCCAGAUACCUACCACGAAUGAAGUAUAUCUCGUGUAUGAUAGUUCAUUUGCUGAUGGCUAUCGUAGCACGUUGCUAAUCGAGUUACUUCCAAAUCGUAUUCCGGAAGAAAUUCGUUUGGUCCAUCUCUCCGUCAGUGUUGCUGGCAGUCAUUUUCAUACAGUUUUUUCGGCUGUGCCGAAUUUAACGUACACUUAUUCGUGGGAGCAGUUGAAUGUUUACACUCAGACUGUGAAUGGAUUGGUUAAUGCUAAAGUGUCGGUUGGAUAUGAAUAUGAAGGUUGCAAUAGAAGCAUCGCUUGGAUUCAUCGCCUUGUAAAACUGGAAGGACAUCGCGCUAACCGUUUCAUGUUAAACGGUUGGUCACUGAGUGUCCAUCACCAUUACGAUAUUGCACACAAUGUGCUGGAGAAAGGUGAUGGUACAACGGUGUUUUUGGAUGAAGCUUCUCCGUUAUUAACAACAGUAAUUGGUAGUGAUCAACAGCGUCCUAUUAACUGCCCGUUUUGUGAUGCAUCUGCUGGCGAUGCUCGUCUUUUCCGCCCUGAUGCGUUAUGUGUGGGAAGUGAUGGUUCAUUGUACAUUGGUGAUUACAAUUUGAUACGUCGUUUAACACCCAAUGGAAUGCUUAUUUCUGUGUUGGAACUCAGCAUAUCGGAUACGGCCCAUCCCUACUAUUUGGCUAUCGAUCCGCUAACUGAUUCUCUUUUCAUUUCGUUGCCGAUACGUGCUCAAAUAUGGCAAAUAAAUAAAGAUGUAGACGGUACAACAGAUCUAACAACAAAUUACAAUGUGGUGGUUGGCGAUGGAAAUGUAUGUCCGAGUUCUGCUGUACGUUGUGGUGAUGGUGCUGCCGCAGAUAUGUCUCAGCUUACUUUUCCCAAAGGCAUCGCUUUUGACAAAUAUGGAAAUUUAUAUAUUGCUGAUAGUAGACGUAUCAGGAUUGUGGAUCGAGAGAGACAGAUCAGCACGUUGAUUGAAGAACGCGGAAAUGGACCUCGUUCAUGUAUAGUUGAUUAUACGAACCUAUCAGAUAUCACUACCGUCUGGCCAACAUCACUUACUGUGGAUAUGCUAAACGAUAGACUGUACGUACUUGAUACAAACGUGGUAUAUCGUAUAUCACUGGAUACUCGUAUGGGCACACUGCUAGCUGGAGCGUUUGUUGAAUGCGAGCAGAUGAAAACACUAGCAGGUGAUCUGUUACCACAACGGCCACUGACAGCAGCACGAUCCAUUACCGUAGCACCAGAUUCCACUUUAUACAUUGUUGAGACAAACAACAAAAAAGUAAAUCAGAUUCGAGCAAUUUAUCCAGAUGAUCAUUCAAAAGUAGUAGCUGGAAAGCUGAGCAAAUGUGACUGUGAUCGUACAAAUUGUCCAUGUGAAGAUCUUCAUCCAACUAUUGCUACUUCUGCUUUUCUUCACUCUCCAUCGGCCGUGGCUGUUGAUUCUAAUGGAGUGGUCUAUAUAACUGAUAAGGGUAACUUCAAAGUUAAAAAACUUCAAAAACCCAGUGCAAUAUAUGAUGAAAAAACUCGACAAUACCGUAUCCACAGCCCUCAUACUAGAGAAAUUUACGUAUUUAACAAGGUCGGCCUCCACGUGAGCACUACUAACCUUCUUACUGGCGAUACUCUAUUCACUUUCACGUAUGACGUUGACACGCAUCUUGGUCGUUUGACGCAAAUAACUGGCUCUGGUGAACAUAUUUUGCGACUUCAUCGAACAAAUGACGGAAAAAUUGUACUGGAGACGGCAACAGGCCUUCAAACAGUAUUAAAUUCCGACCAGUUUGAUGGGACAUUAUCAAAGAUUACGUUUCCGAGUGGUGAAAGUACUAAAUUCUCAUACUUUCCUGGACAUCUUCUUCGUUGUCGUGAAGCAUUUGAUCGAAAUUGGUGUUUUGAAUAUGACGAAUUUGGACGUGCAAAGACAUUACUGAAUCCGGCCGGGAUCUGUUAUUCAGUGACGAAACGUGACCUUAUACAUAACAGUUUGGUAACGAGAGUGGCAAGAAAUAAUGAGCCAUAUACAGUUUAUAAAUUUUCUGAUAAGAAAUUCACAGAAGAAGGUGCGCAGGAUCGGCAGGUAACGAUGCUUGAUGAAGGUUUGUCAGUUGUCGCCUUUGGUGCUCGAACUCAUUUUGAUGGCGUAACGCAUCCUCUCUUAGAACCCUAUGAAACAGCAAUUUCGAAACGGAAGAUAACUCUUCCGGAAGCAGUAGAUCCUCCAAGACGUGAGCUAAAUUUGCGCUUUGAAUGGCGUGGCUACAUACGUCGCAAGGAAUCCGGUCGACGUGAUCCGGAGAAGUGGCGUCGUAUUCAACAGAUCAAUGGACGUAAUGUGUUCACAAUCGAAUAUGACUGUGAUAGAAGGCAUGAUACCAUACGAAAUAGCCUUGAUGAGGAAGUACUCGCUGUUCAGUAUAACGAUGCCGGUCAAAUUACCUCUUUUAUUCCGCUUACUUCACGUGAACAACCUCAUAUAGAUGCCAUGAAAAUUAUGCAUGAUCCGUCGGGAAGGCCAAGUCAAAUAACUUGGGGUACCUCAACCAUUGUUUUUGAAUACGAUCGGCUAAACCGAAUUAUCUUGAUGUCGGCAGUAGCCGGAGGUAUUAACUACCUUGAGCGCAAAUUCUUUUACCAGAAGGAAAACCAGUUAAUUCCUUCACUUGUACAAAUGCCGUCCGGAGAGAAAUAUCGUUGGCGUACAGAUCGCACCGGCUCUAUCACUUUUCUGAAAACUCCAGCUGGUAUCAUACAUCACUUCAUGCAGUAUGCCGUUUUUGAUCGAGUUUGCCGGCAGCGCACUGUUUCAUUCUCCAAUGCAUCUUAUGUUGCAUGCAUGGACGAUGAUGGACAGUUGUUGGAUUAUUGGACACCGGAUCAGUUGCAUUCCUUAACUGUGAAACGCGAUAUGUAUGGAAGAGUGGUGCAAAUAACUUCAGAUGCCGAAAAUAUCUUCUUCAAAUAUGAAGAACAAAGUGGGAACUUAAAGGUGCAGGAAGUUAGCAGCAGUUUAUUGAAGAGGACAUAUCUGUGGCAAGGUAUAGUACAUUCUGCUAUUCGUGAAGCCCAUAUGCCUGUCAUCCAUUCAAAUCGUCGCUUUGCUGAAAGUUUGGUGGAAUUCCUAUAUGAAUAUGAUGAUUUUUUCCGAUUAAUAACAAUGACAGUCAUUUACAAUACAGUGCGUUUGCAACCUCAGAAGUAUCAAUAUGAUUCUCGACAAGGGCGUUUGAUCAAGCUGAAUAAAUUCGUCUUUUUAUAUGAUUUAUACACACGUAGAAUAAUGGGUGAAACGGUAGUGAUGGAGAUUUUCCAUAAUAGUGCGAAUGAGGAAAUCAUGCGAAAGUUAAUGAUUAAUGAGCUGAAAGUUGUGGAGAUGAGGGUAACACGACAUGCGCUUGGUUGGGUUGAAGUCGUUGACUGGAUUGUUAUUGGAGAGAAGCGGCCAACCGAAAAACGAACAUUCGACAUGGAUGGACAGUUAGUGCAGUAUACAAUUGGUGAAGCAGAUGACCGGCGAUGGACACUUCAUUACGACUUAGAUGGACGACUAAAAGCUGUCAACGAUGCAAAAAUAUCAUUUUCUAACGGAAACUUGAAAAAUGUAGACCAGGUAGACUAUACUGUAAAUGCGAAUGGUUGGACGCGAAGUCGCGGUAAUAUGUAUUUCGAAUACGAUGUCUAUGGUCGAGUGCAUCAUGUCUAUCAGCCGGGCUUGGUGGAUGUUGAAUAUGGUUAUGACGACCGGUCACGUAUAAUACUGCGAAGAGUUGGUGACGAGCAAUUUCAGCGUUUCUUUUAUGCAAUGCCUGAUCGACCAUAUCUCUUAACACAUUUCGUCUCAACAAACGAAACACCGUCAACUAUUUUAUACGACGACCGAGAUGUCCCAUUUGCUUUCUACAGCGGUGAUGAAUAUCAUGCCUUAUUUGUGGACAUUGAUGGUUCUGUUCGCUUCAUAUUUGCAUCGGAUGGUACUGUAGUGAAAGAAAUGAUUCGUAAUCCAUUUGGUGCAGUCAUUGUGGAUAGCAAUGAUAGUUUUUAUUUUCCACUUGGCUAUCGGCACCAAUUCGAUGAUCCGCUCACUGGCAUUGCAAUUUUGGGGCCAGAAGCACGGCCAUAUGAUACAUUUGUAGGACGUUUCAUGUCCAUUUCGAUUACAUAUAUCACUUCAAAAGUGGAUCCUUUUGCUCCUGAAUAUGAAAGCGAUCCAUUCCGUGCAAUACCAACUGAAUCUAAUUUACUGCGACAUUUACCACUUGAUCUUAAAAGAUGGAUGGAAAUGAGUGGAUUCUCGCUUUCACAGGUGCUCCCUUCUAUUCCGAAUCCCACUCAAAAUGACGGUCUUCAGAAGUUACUGCAAUUACCUGAUAGCCUCUGUACAGUGACCGUUAGCCACGUCCUCUCUUCAUCAUUUUGCUCAUUGAUUUAUAAGGUGAAACAUUUCAAGCAGUUUCUUACUGCCACAUCACCUGCACUCCUACCAUUUUCUCCUCUCUCAUAUUUUGUCCUCUUCGAUAAGCUGUCAUACAGCGCCAGCGAUUCAAUUGGUUUUCGCGGAUUGAUAUUUAUAAAGCGCCCAUCAGACAAGUUUGAAGUGAUUGGACAUUCUUUCAAGGAAGACGAAAAGUUGAAUGCCUUGAGGACAUUGCUAAAUGACAGCUCCUUCUUGAAUAUUACGAAUAUGCAUUUAUCGGGAGAGUUUGUACAGAUCCAUUUCGCCACAAAUGUAACUUCCAAUAAAAUCCCACUGGAAGAACUGGCCGCACUAUUCAAUACCUCAAACUUCAAUCAACAAUUAACGCUUCAAGCUGGAAAUACUCAGCUCAUAUUUCAUUAUGGCAGUAAUUCGGAAGCUGUCAGAUCUGAACUAAUUCGUCAGCAGACUGCCGAAAUUGGUAAAAUAAUUUGGGAAGAUGAAGCAGAACGUGCUCGUUCUGGAGCCAUUACCCGACAUUCAUGGACCGAAUCCGAAUUGUCACAGUUGAGCUCAGAUGGAUUCGUAAGUGGUUAUGAACUUAACUUUCAUCCAGGUAAUUCGAUGCCCAUUCUUGCAAACACUUAUUUAUGGAUAUUUCAAAGGGUAGCUGCCUAA